AUGCCAUAUCCUAUACAGCUAGGCUUUCAAGAUGCUACUUCCCCCAUUAUAGAAGAACUUAUAUACUUCCAUGAUCAUACACUAAUAAUCGUCUUCUUAAUUAGUUCUUUGGUGCUUUACGUAUUAAUUUUAAUAUUAACAACAAAACUAACGCAUACUAGUACUAUGGACGCUCAAGAAGUAGAAACCAUUUGAACAAUCCUACCCGCAAUUAUUCUAGUCCUAAUUGCCCUUCCUUCCCUACGCAUUCUCUAUAUAAUAGAUGAAAUCUUUAACCCCUAUCUCACAGUUAAAGCUAUAGGUCAUCAAUGAUACUGAAGCUACGAAUAUACUGACUAUGAAGACCUUUCUUUUGACUCAUACAUGGUACCAACUCAAGACUUAAAUCCAGGACAGCUGCGACUACUAGAAGUUGACAACCGAGUAGUUCUUCCUAUAGAAUUACCAAUUCGAAUAUUAAUCUCAUCAGAAGAUGUUCUACACGCAUGAACAGUACCUUCUUUAGGAUUAAAAGCAGAUGCUGUUCCUGGACGAUUAAACCAAGCCACCCUGACCUCUACACGCCCUGGGGUUUAUUUCGGUCAAUGCUCAGAGAUUUGUGGUUCUAAUCACAGCUUUAUACCCAUCGUACUAGAAAUAUCUACUCUAAAAUAUUUUGAAAAUUGAUCACACAUAAUACAAA